AUGGGAUGGGUUGGAGCGGGGUCGGGAACGAACAACUCGUUGAGUGGGAAGGGUGGGGAAGACGUCUUGGGCGCUCUGAAGAUGUCGGACUUUGAUCUCGGGUUGGAACAAGCUUCUGAUGCUACCGCGUCCCACACCGGAGGCUCAAGUGGACCACCACCUCCUCUGCCACCGAGAUAA